GUCACUUUUCACUCCUUUUCUCAUCGUUGUUUGGCCAAAAUGUCAGCUGACAACAAUGCUUCUGUUGAAGCUGCUGAAACUGACAAUCAGACGUUGCGACCCGUGAUAGCGGAUGAUGAACCAACAAAACUUAUGUACGGCCUACGUAAGCCGAUGAUACAUAAUGUGAUUGCCACAGUCAACUUGGGUUGCCAUAUCGAACUGCGCAAGGUAGUACUUCAUAUCCGCAGUGCAGAGUAUAACCCGAAGCGAUUUCCAGGGGCAGUCAUGCGUCUUAGGGAGCCUCGUGUGACUUGUCUCAUCUUCGGCACAGGGAAGAUGGUGUGCACAGGUGCUCGCUCGGAAGCGGAAUGUCAUUUGGGAGCUCGUAAAUGCGCUCGGAUUCUGCAAAAAAUUGGAUUUCCGACAAGAUUCUUCGACUUCACUGUCCAAAAUAUGGUUGGUCUAUUCGAUCUCCGUUUCCCUAUCCGCUUAGAAGGCCUACUUUUGGCAAACGAGCAAAUGACACAAUACGAACCAGAACUGUUCCCCGGGUUGAUAUAUCGAAUAAUCAAACCACGACUAGUCAUGUUGAUCUUUGUCAACGGCAAAAUCGUCAUGACCGGUGCAAAAUCCAGGGAACAAAUGUACGAAGCCCUAAACAAUGUCUAUCCUAUCUUGCAUAAUUACCGGAAGACUAACUGAUUAUUUCAUACUACUUUCUUGCCAUUCACUUUCAUUCUGACUUAUCGUUUUGCCGCCUGCAACAGACGACAAUCGUGUAUAGUGCUUAACUGGUCAGUUGUAAAUUCCCUAACUCAGCUAUUGGUGGUAUGGUG